AUGUCUAUAGCAAGAACUAAAUCACCGAUGUUGGUCGGAUUCAACAACAUUUGGAGAAAUCUUCCAGACAGUCUCCUGCUGCACAUUUUUUGUUUUCUUUCUCCGAAUGAAGUUGUACUUGCUGGUGAAGUCUGUCGAAACUGGAAUCGCGUUUCGAAGGAUGAAUUGCUCUGGAAACACUUGCUUCAAAUGACUUUACUCAACAGAGCAGGCGACAACAUUGAGCUUCCUGUUAAAUCAUCUUCUUGGUUCGAAGAAUAUAAAAGAAUCUACCAAACCACCCCUGUAGUGGAAGGCCAGGUACUGAAGGAACACACCGAUGAAGUUCUUCACGUGACUUUUUCACACGAUGGUCAACUUUUGGCAUCAAGUUCGAAAGAUUGCAGCGUGAUUCUCUGGCGGGUCUACGAUUUCCAUCGUGUUAAAAUGGUGGAAAAGAUAAACUUUGAAGAUCACAAUUGGGAGUAUGUUCAGUUUUGUGAAUUCAAUAAAACCAACACUCUCCUUCUCGUAUCAGGGGUUAAUAAGAUGCGAGACUUGAGUUUUAGAGGUGAGUUCUUUUCAUUUGCCUUCUUUACACUUUCCAUAAUAUGCUUUGUUUGCCCCAAUAAUAAAAAUAAUGAUAAUAACAAUAGUAAUAAUAAUAAUAAUAUGAGAAUAAUUGAUAAUGAUGAUGAUGAUGGUGAUGAUGAUGAUAAUGAUGAUGACGAUGAUGAUUAUGAUGAUGAUGAUGAUGAUAAUGAUGACGACAAUGAUAAGACAACUUAUUCAAGGAACCCUUAAUAACAAUAAUGAUAAUAAUAAUAGUAAUAAUAAUAAUAUAAUGAGAAUAAAUGAUAAUUAUGAUGGUGAUGAUGAUGAUGACAAUGAUGAUGAUGAUGAUGAUGAUGAUGAUGAUGAUGAUGAUGAUGAUGGCGAAGAUGAUAAGACAACUUAUCAAGGAACCCUUAAAUUCCAACUCUCUUUGAGACGGACACCUUUGGGACCAGCAGUAAGUGUCCAUCUUAGAGAGAUGUCCAUUUUAUAGAGAGUCACAUCAAGGGUGCAAAGAAAGACAGGGACCAAAUCUAGGUGUCCAUCUUAUAAAGGUAUCGGUUAAGAAAGAGCCAACUGUACACUGCUUUGAUCAAUACAAAGGUUUUGAUAGUCUGAGAUCUCAGGUCAAUACAAUUUCACUUUGUUUCAGGGGCAAAUCAUGUGUUUAGUUAAAGUUGAUAGUGAUAGAUGUAACUGACAAUAAUAAUUAUUGUUUUCAAUUUUUAUUGGCAAAACAGAAAAAAAAGGUUGAAUGCAAAUUUUGGGGAAAGACAUCUGCAACUGCAUAAAGAACGUUUUAAGCCUUUGGGUCAAAUGGACAACAGUCUCAAGUAUGGUUGUGUUUUGUAAGGGGCAAUGAAAUUGUAGCCUGUGUUGCAGAUGUACAUGCAAUCUAACCCCAGUUAGUAAUGUCUGUGAAGCAGCGCUAAGAUCCUUGUUCUGGGCCCCCUACAGACUCAGCGCAUUACUAGAAGUGUGUUUUGAAUUUCCUUUCAACCUUAUAGAUGGUUUUCAUAGUGAUGUCAUCAAAUUAUAAAGUCAAAAUAGCUAAGUUUUACGAAUUCUUAUUGAUACUAGGUCGAGGAUAAACAAAAAUUAAAUCUUUGUACACGUUUCCAGUCCCAUAGCAUGUUUCAUUUCAAAAAUACAACACUUUUAACUUCCGAGUUUUCACAGUGCGUAACACCAAAACAGGAAUGCUGUCUCAUUGAAAAAAAAGUCUCUCCUCUUGAUUUUCAGCAGUAUAACCAUUUCAAGUAUUAGAAGGUAUGUUUAUGUGCAUGAAUACUAAUUCUCAAGUGAAAAGAAAGAGUUUUUAUAGGAAAAGUGAACUCCAGAUGUUUUUGUGGAUUUCCAGCAGCCAUAUUGGUGCACCAAACGGUGCAGCAAUAUGGCGUCUCCAUACAAAACCCUACAAAGGUACAUGAAACGUUUCAGCAAAUGACUCAGAAACUGUGGACGACAAAGACCCGAGACUUGGACAAAUUGUUUUAUAUAUUAGUCUUUUAUAACAUUUCAUUUUCUUGGCUUCUUCCACUGGGCGGUUUCCAUUUAUUUUUUUGUUGCGUGACAGUGAAAACGACCUAUUGGCAAAUCAUGACAAGUAUUCAAAUCCUGGUACACAGGUGGGGGCCCAAAACAAGAAUAUCAGCGCUGUUUCACAGAUGGACUUAACCAGAGUUUAGUUUCGUCUGUGGCGCAGGCUAUGACAUUGUUGUCCUUUACAUUUUUUUAUGCCUGUUGCUAUAGACUGUGUUUGCUUUUACAGGUGAAAUCUUCAUACUUCAGCUUCAAGGAUUCAAUGCAGUUGGUGUACUUCAUUGUGUAAACAGUGAACCAUAUGAUGUGUUUGGAGCUUGGCUAACAGAAAGAUACUAUAUUUCAGGCACAUUUGAAUUCAUGGAAAACGAUUCAUCUACUUCAGAGUUGUGGGCAAACUGUGCAAAUGGUUUUAGUCAAGACCAUCAAACAAAACUGGCCCGGGUUGUUAAUUACAAUUCUAGUUCUGUGAGAACUGUUCUUGUAGCCAGGCCAAGCGGCAUGUGUAGUUCACGACCUGCCAAAGGUUCCUCAGCAUUGCAAAGAAAUGAUCGUGUUUGCUUGAUUUUUACCCAUGGCACGGUGACUUAUGUCCCCCAUCAGAUUGUCUUCAAAUGGCUUAAACUUGAAAAUGGAGAUUAUGCCACAAGGAAACUGUCCAUAGUUAGAAACAGCCAUACAAACAGUAGCUACAUGGAAAGAGGCAAAACAGGUGAAGUUGGCUAUGAACCGUGUUACACAGAAGAGGAACAUUGUAUCGAAACCAAUGCUCACAUUAUUGGCAUGAGCUUGUCACCAGAUCACCAAUUUCUCUAUGUCAAUUGUCGCCCUUGGCAACAGCAAGAUGGGAAAGAUAGAAUUGCUCCAGGGCUAAUUGCUUCUCCUCCAGAAAUCUCCAGUGAAAUAACCUUGCGGGUUUACAGCUUGGCCACAUACAAACUUGUUGGUGUUCAUACUGGCCAUGAAGCAUAUACUCCUAAUGAUGGCUGCUUCUUUAUUUUUCUUAAUGUUGCAGACAAGUUUGUUGCAAGGUAAGACCUCCAUUUAUCGCACCAAAUAUUCCAAGAGCCAUACUCACAAUAUAAUUCACAUUUAGGUCAAUCCAAAUAAACAAAAUUGUUAAAAAGAAACUUGAAUUCCAGCUUGCACUUUGGGUAAGCAACGCUCUCAUUUUGUUUACCCAGAGCCACUUCUUGCCCUGACCGGGCAAGGCUUUAUUCCAAACCUGAAUUUUUUUACAUCAUUAUUACUCUAUUUAAGAACUUGAAGGUAAUAACAUUCUCUUUAAAUUAGCCCCCCAUCCCCAUCCCUCUCAAAUAAGCCCUCUUCUCUAAUAAGCCCCCCUUUUCAGGAGAAGAAAGUUUAUAAGCUCCCUUCUCUUUUAAGCUUGACUGACGGUUUCAUAUAAAGGGGGUCAGGGUCCCUAGGUCUGCUACUUGCAUACCAUACAAAAACAGGGGCACCCAACGGCAAUUUUCGGGAAAAUAUGUGUUCGGAAGACGAUUUGAGAUCUAGAAUUUUCGGAGCAUUUGUUGUAAAAUUUCUUGCUUGCCUGCCUCUCCUAGGAUUUUCGCACAUCUACAAGAUGGUAUAAUUACCCAUUUUUAACGGAUUUUGACCCUAAAAAAGGCCACCUAGAAUUUUCGGGAGCCUUUUCCUGGCUGAAAGUUUCUAGAAGAUAAGUUUUUAUCCCUAUAAUUUUCAGAUCACUAGACUUUCAGCUAGGAAAUCCGAACAGAUGAAAAGUUUUUAGGGGAUAAAAAUAUGCCUAUAUCUACCGUUUGAAUACUAAAAUACGCUCAACAAUGCUUUGUUAAGUGGUUUUGAACUAUAUCCUCGUUGGGUGCCCCUGACAAAAAGGCAAGGAGUGGCCUAUAAGGCCAAAACUUAUUCUGGUUUCUGUAGCAUGAAGCAACUAGGAAUAUUUCUUCUUCCUCUUGAUGUGACGCCAGUCUGUCACAGGGUUUUCCCCCAUUACUAAAUUUGCCAGCGAGAGUUAAGUGUCUCGCCCAAGAACUAAACACAAUGACCCAGGCCCGGGUCUGAACCCAGACCUCUUGAACUGUAGUCGGAGGUCCAUAUCUUGAAAGUCCUGGUAACUUUACAGGCCCAAAGCAAAAUAAUAAAAUAAGAAUCUUACUAAUAAAAGCAUGGAUCCUAGCUAAAAAAACAGUCCAAUUUGUGUUGUUAACCAAUAGGUUUACCUAAAAUGUGAUCAAAAAUGCUCUCCAGACCCUGUGAUUACCGGCACUUUUGAGAAACAGGCCAGACACAGUGAACCAUGGGAGUGUGAUCACGUCAAAUAGACUGAACAAGGGCUUUUUAAGUGUUCCAAAUUUGGUUUCAUGAUUAAUUUUCAAUGGCAAUGUCCUCGGCUUCAGAGCUUGAAUGGUCACUGAUCAGUUUUGCCUGAUCAGACUCCACUUUAACUUGACGGGGAGGGGAUAAAAGAAAGAGAAGAUGGCGAGAAGGGUGGAAGGGUGCAAUAAUUCAAGGGAGGCGAUUAUUUUAAAAAUUUCCACUUAAGGGAGGCAAUUUUUUGAGGGAGGCGAUUAAUCGAGGGAUGACUGUGAUUCAAGGAAAUAUGGUAAUUAUUUUAUUGUUUUUAAUCUUCAGUGGAGCAGAGGAUCAUUGUGCUCAUGUUUGGGACAGACACUUUGGAACCAAGCUAGCCACUCUUAAAGGACACAGUAAUGUAGUGAACUGUGUUGCAUUCAACCCUGUGAACCAACAAAUGCUGGUCAGUGCGAGCGAUGAUCAGACUAUCAGAGUAUGGAGAUCCCGGCAGCUGUCCAAGCUACCGGUGAAUGAUUCAGUGGAGGUAGAAGAAAGUUACGAAGAAAUAAGCUUUGUGGAGGAGAGAUUUUUGAGAGAAACAAAUGUGUGAAUUAAUGCUAUGUAAAUGUAAUUUAUUAUUAAAUAGGGAGCUGAAGCAAAGUAGUUUUUGAGGGACGCACAUCUUUUGGAAUUGGACUAUUUGCAUCCUUGGGCAGUGGUUUAACCCAUUAUUUUGGCAAAUCGUCCGUAUAAGAGUAAAGACACGUAGCUAUACAAUUUUAGUAGCGUUUAGGCAUAUUAAAAGGGGAAAAGCCUUACUUCCGGUUGAUGUUCGUGAGGCCUU